GUCACGUGGUGAAGCGGCGCAUCUCAAACGCAUCGUCGCAACCACAGGUCCGGCCCGCAGCCUCUUCGGACUCUCGGGGGCUGCCAGUGCUCCUGAGCAAGAAGUCAUCCCUCAGCGAGAGCUCAGCCGGCGGCAGCACAAGGCUUAAGAACCCGCUUGGCAACGACAAGCCCGAGAAGCACGUUCGCGUCGGGAGCGACCUGAAGCAUGAAGCUCUGGAGACAGCGAGCUCCAACCACACCCCGCUCUGCCUGGAGUCCAACUCCAGCAUCGGCGCAAGCCCCAUGGAAGGAAGGGAUUCGGAGAACAGCCGCUCAAAAGCAGUGCGACUCAGUUCUGGCAGCCUCCGGGCGUUUGCAGACGAGAUGUCCGAGCUGCGUCGCAUCCUUCUGGCCCAGCCGAAGGCAGAGGGCCUGGGAAACGUGCCCAAGCGAGCUACAGAGUUGUUGGAGGACCUGCAAAUGAGCAUGAUGGAGACCAUCCGCAAUGAGUUCAAGGGCUUGAAGGAGGCGCAGGAGGAGAAGCAGAGCCCAGAGAACGCCUCGCUGUCCUCGCUUGCCGUCGGCAUCACCUCGCAGAUUCACAACCUGAGGGAUGACCUGCUGUCCAUCCUGCACAGCAACGGGUCUCAGGGCAGCGUCUGCAGCUCCACUCGGAAUUCCUGCAGCCCGCCUCCACGCAUCGUCGCCAUGCCACGAGAGGAGUCUCCCCCGGCUGCACGAGUGGUGGGGCAAGCGGCUACGGCUCCUGUAUCCGGCUUCUCUACCGAACCAGUCGUCCGCCCUGCCACAGCCUCGCCCACCCCGGACGGGCGGCUGUCCCCAGCACCCCCUCUCUCCCAGAAUUCCCUCCCGAACUCUUUGCCCUGCUCCGUUCCGGGCUCCGUGAUGCCAUCAUCUCCCCACCUUCGCAUGUCCAAGCCCCUGCAACAGCGGCUGGUGGUCACCGCCUCUACUGGCCAGCUGCCUGCUGCCGGCCGCUCGCCCUCGCCUCCCUCCAUGUACCGCCGCUACGUGGUCCCUUCCUACCAGAAGCCCCCUGGUAGGGCGCAGCAAGCCACAAGACCCACGGCUCGGUCGAUGUCCCCUCUCCCACGGACGGGCUACCUGCCCAUGGCUCCACGAGGUCGCCACACAGGAUGGAUGCCUUCGAUGCCGGUGGCGCCCGUGUCGGUGCGAUGGUCACCGAGCCCCCGGCAGCGUACGAACAUAUCGCACAAGCCUCAGUCCAUCCAUUCGGGCAUACUACGGUUGAUGAUAAGAAUCCUGCAUGACCCAUAA